GCGGGUGUCGCCGAGCCCCCGCUGCCCACCGCGGUCCUGGCCAUCCUGGCCCGAAAUGCCGAGCACUCACUGCCCCACUACCUGGGUGCCCUGGAGCGGCUGGACUACCCCCGGGCCAGGCUGGCCCUCUGGUGUGCCACGGACCACAAUGUGGACAACACAACAGAGAUGCUGCAGGAGUGGCUGGCCGCCGUGGGCCAGGACUACGCAGCCGUGGUCUGGAGGCCCGAUGGGGAGCCCAGGCCCUACCCUGAUGAAGAUGGUCCCAAGCACUGGACCAAAGAAAGGCACCAGUUUCUGAUGGAGUUGAAGCAGGAAGCCCUGACCUUUGCCAGGGCCUGGGGUGCUGACUAUAUCCUGUUUGCAGAUACAGACAACAUUCUGACGAACAACCAGACGCUGCGGCUCCUGAUCGAGCAGGGCCUGCCCGUGGUGGCCCCCAUGCUGGACUCCCAGACCUACUACUCCAACUUCUGGUGCGGGAUCACCCCCCAGGGCUACUACCGCCGCACAUCCGAGUACUUCCCCACCAAGAACCGCCAGCGCCGGGGCUGCUUCCGGGUCCCCAUGGUCCACUCCACCUUCCUGGUGUCCCUGCGGGCCGAGGGGGCAGCUCAGCUCGCCUUCUACCCCCCUCACCCCAACUACACAUGGCCCUUCGACGACAUCAUCGUCUUCGCAUACGCCUGUCAGGCUGCAGGCGUCUCGGUACAUGUGUGCAAUGAGCGGCGCUACGGGUACAUGAACGUGCCUGUGAAAUCCCACCAGGGCCUGGAGGACGAGCAGGUCAACUUCAUCCACCUGAUUCUGGAGUCGCUAGUCGAUGGGCCCCCUAUGUGGGCUUCGGCUCAUGUGUCCCGGCCCCCAAAGAAGCUCAGCAAGAUGGGGUUUGAUGAGGUCUUUGUCAUCAGCCUGGCCCGCCGGCCUGACCGCCGAGAUCGCAUGCUGAGCUCUCUCUGGGAGAUGGAGAUCUCUGGGCGGGUGGUGGACGCCGUGGAUGGCCGGACACUCAACGGCAGUGUCCUGAGGCGCCGCGGUGUGGACCUGCUCCCGGGCUACCAGGACCCCUACUCGGGCCGCACGCUGACCAAGGGUGAGGUGGGCUGCUUCCUGAGCCACUACUCCGUCUGGGAGGAGGUGGUCGCCCAGGGCCUGGCCCGGGUCGCUGUGUUUGAAGACGAUGUGCGCUUUGAGAGCAACUUCCGGCGGCGGCUGGAGCAGCUGAUGGAGGAGGUGGAGGACCAGAAGCUUCCAUGGGACCUGAUCUACCUCGGCCGGAAGCAGGUGAACCCUGAGGAGGAGGUGGCUGUGGAGGGGCUGCCACGCCUGGUGGUGGCCGGGUACUCCUACUGGACACUGGCCUACGUCCUGAGCCUGGCGGGUGCCCGCAAGCUGCUGGCCUCUCAGCCCUUGCGCCGGAUGCUGCCUGUGGACGAGUUCCUGCCCAUCAUGUUUGACCAGCACCCCAAUGAGCAGUACAAGGCCCACUUCUGGCCUCGGGACCUGCGGGCCUUCUCGGCCCGGCCCCUGCUCGCUGCCCCCACCCACUAUGCUGGAGACGCCGAGUGGCUCAGCGACACAGAGACAUCCUCUCCCUGGGACGACGACAGCGGCCGCCUGGUCAGCUGGAGCGGCUCUCACAAGACCCUGCGUGACCCUCGCCUGGACCUGGCCGGCAGCAGCGGGCACAGCCUCCGCCCUCACCCCCGGGACGAGCUGUAGGCCGAGUUGUUGGCUCUAGAGGGAUGCCCACAAACAGGCUUCCACUGCCGGAGCAGAGCUGGAGAAUGUGGCCAGAAGCUGCCCCAGGAGCCUCAGACCCCGUGGUGACCUGGCUGCCACCUCAGGCGCGACCACUAUGCCCUUUGUACCUGGGAUACCUCGGGGGGGGGAAAGGUCAGAGCUGCCCGUUCCCCCAAGGAGAAGGAUUCACAGGCCCUCUUACCCCACACGGCCUGACUCGGGGCCUGGGUGGAGGUGGGGGGAGGCUCCCAGCUUUCCUGGCCACACAGCAGGGCGCCGCCGCUGGGGCCCCUCCGCCCCUCCGCCUCAGCCUCUCCUGGACUUGGUGCUUGGAUCUCCCCUGCCUGGGCCCCUCUCCUUGGGCCAGUGGGACGUGCAGGGAGGCGACAGGCCGCCUCUGGACCUGUGCUCCGCUCACAGCGUGCCUCAAUAAAAGCUGCCAGGAUUUGCACUUUA